CAGCAUUCGUUCGGCAACACGAGCAUAGAUCAUGUAAGGCGACAGCCAUAAGCUUUCCUGGGAGGCCCAUCAUCCACAUUUUGGUUUCAAUAUCCGAACACAAUUAAGCGCUUAAAACGGUAUUUGUACAGGCCACGAAUACUCUAUUUAGCCGCGAAAAUCAAAUGGUCCUUAGAGGGGGCUUACGCAAACACGUUAUCUCACCUGAGUUUCAUGCUAAUCACUGGUUAAUUGGUCGGGUACGGCCCUUGAUGGGCUUUUGACAGUUGCACUUAAAAGCCUGUUUUGUUCGGUUUUGGUUCUGCACAUUGAGGAUUGUUUAGACAAGGGAGUCCUAUGACCAGGGGCCUAGGCGUCACACAAUAGCGGGGGUAGAGGUAUUAAAGCAAGGCAAAGCUCGCAUACAAUUCGAAACCCAGAACCAUCCCGAGACGCGCACUUGAAGAGAACCUGUCUUUAUCAAAACACACUCGACUUAUGUGCUGAUCUGAUAACAGUAUAAGGCUCUUGACUCAUCACUUGAAGGCAAAAUGCUUCCGGCCUCACACAUGCCCUUCUCGAUGGAACAGAUAAUUUCUGUUUGUGAAUGUUUACAAAACAGUGGAAACAUAGAGCGAUUGGCCAGAUUUCUAUGGUCCUUGCCCAAAGAUAGCGAGGAAAUCCAUGCCUGCGAGACAAUACUUGUCGCAAAAGCUGUUGUUGCUUUUCACCAGAACAACUUCAAGGAGCUGUACUCUAUCCUGGAGAGCAGGAAAUUCCAAAGAUCAGAGCACGAGAAGCUUCAGUGUCUUUGGCGAACAGCUCACUACAUAGAAGCUGAAAGAGUCCGCGGCCGACCCCUAGGGGCGGUUGGCAAGUACAGAGUGCGCAGAAAGUUCCCGCUUCCUAGGACCAUUUGGGAUGGUGAAGAAACCACAUAUUGCUUUAAAGAAAAGUCGAGAAGCAUUCUAAACAAAGCUUAUGUAGACAGUCCGUACCCCACUCCCCGGGAAAAGCACGAGCUUGCUAAAAUGACCGAUUUGACGGUAACACAAGUCAGCAAUUGGUUCAAGAACAAAAGGCAAAGAGUGCGCGCGGCAGAAAUACGGAAAAGAAGGAUGUCAGAUCAAGAAUACUCCAUGCUGAAAAUCAAAGAUGCCGGUCGGUCAAUGACACACAGUUACGAGGAGUUGAGAAGCCACUUCCCCUUUCUCAUCCCCCAGUAUUCUAUGAUCCAGAGCUCGGAAUCGGUGCUACCAGCGGCCUAUCUAUCAGAAUACCAUGCGCACGCACAGGCAAUCACGCAACAGAUGCAGUACCCCACCUACCCAGCAUUCAUAGCGGCCGCUCCCAAAUGGCGGCAAAUGGCGGCAACAUCGAGUGCAACCUCAUCUAUUUCGCAGGCGGCGCUGGACCAUUCUCCUAGCGGUUUCUCUCACAGCGCAUGCGUCAAUUGCCCGACGGCAAUCCUUACUUCAAAAAGAAGUGCCUUUGAGCCUAUUUCUUCGGUCAGCGGCAGCAGAUACAGUCCUUACGAAGUCAAGGAGCAUGCUGAAGAUGACGAGCGAUAUUAUCGCGGGAAAGUGUGAGCUCUAAGCGAUAUUACCGCGGGAAAGUGUGAGCUCUAAGCGAUAUUACGGCGGGAAAGUGUGAGCUCUAAGCGAUAUUACCGCAGGAGUGUGAGCUAUAAGCGAUAUUACCGCGGGAAAGUGUGAGCUAUAAGCGAUAUGACCACGGGAAAGUAUGAGCUCUAAACAAUAUUACCACGGGAAGGUAUAAAAGAAUGAGCACAAAGGCCUCGCAUGAAUCCGAUGGAUGAUGCUUAUAUAAUAUAAAUAACGUAUUAGGGUUUUGUAGUCCAUUGAUGUUAAAUGUAUUAAAGAAGGUAUGAAAUAA